UCUUUUUGGAAAGAAUUUAUUAUAAAUCAGAAAGUGUUAGAAGGUCAAAGGUUUGCUUCAGAGCGUGUGAACAUUCCUCUGCUGGGCUUUCAACUUGCCUCCAACCUGCACCGCCCGGCCAGCAUGCCUCCCAGCCCGUGAAGCCGGGCCCCCGCUACCCUGACGCACCAGCCGCCGCUGCCCCUCCGCUCCGCUAUUAACCCGCCCUCGCUGCCACCUGGCCCUCCCGAACGACGACACACGCACUUGAAACUUGUUCUCAGGGUGUGUGGAAUCAACUUUCCGGAAGCAACCAGCCCACCCGAGGAGGUCCCAGGAGCGAGAGGUUACGAUGCUUCGGAGACUGGUUCAGCAGUGGAGUGUCGCAGUGUUCCUGCUGAGCUACUCCGUGCCCUCCUCUGGACGCUCGCUGGAGGGGCUCGGCCGCCGGCUCAAAAGAGCUGUGUCCGAAUACCAGCUCCUCCAUGACAAGGGCAAGUCUAUUCAAGAUUUACGACGACGAUUCUUUCUUCAUCAUCUUAUAGCAGAAAUUCACACAGCUGAAAUAAGAGCUACCUCGGAGGUUUCCCCUAACUCCAAGCCUGCUCCCAACACAAAGAACCAUCCUGUCCGAUUUGGGUCUGAUGAUGAAGGCAGGUACCUAACUCAGGAAACCAACAAGGUGGAGACGUACAAAGAGCAGCCACAGAAGACACCCGGGAAGAAAAAGAAAGGCAAGCCUGGGAAACGCAAGGAACAGGAAAAGAAAAAACGACGAACUCGAUCUGCCUGGUUAGACUCUGGAGUAGCUGGGAGUGGGCUAGAAGGGGACCACCUGUCGGACAUGGACAUCUCCGCAACAUCGCUGGAGCACAGUUUACGGAGGCAUUGAAAUUUUUAGCAGAGGCCUUCAGAGAACAUAUUGCAAGAUUCUGUAAUAGUGAACAUAUGGAAAGUAUUAGAAAUAUUUAUUGACUGUAAAUACUGUAAAUGCAUUGGAAUAAAACUGUCUCCCCCAUUGCUCUAUGAAACUGCACAUUGGUCAUUGUGAAUAACUCUUUUUUUUCCCCCCAAGGUUAAUCCAAUUAUUAUUAUCACAUUUACCAUAAUUUAUUUUGUCAACUGAUGUAUUUAUUUUGUAAAUGUAUCUUGGUGCUGCUGAAUUUCUAUAUUUUUUUGUAACAUAAUGCACUUUAGAUAUACAUAUCAAGUAUGUUGAUAAAUGACGCAAUAAAGUAUCCCUAUUUUGUGGUUAAUUUUAAUGAAUGCCUAAAUAUAAUUAUCUAAACUGAUUUUCCUCUGUGCAUGUAAAAAUAGCAGUAUUUUAAAUUUGUAAAGAAUGUCUAAUAAAAUAUAAUCUAAUUAUAUCAUGA